AUGUUGGCAUCCGUUGUUUCCAAGAGCUGUGUUCUAGAUGUUUUUUCCAAGAUUUCUCUGAAUACAAUGGUAAUGUAUAUUGUAAAAUGCAUGAUCUAAUACACGACCUAGCAUUAACAGUGACUCAAAAUGAAUGUUUAAUAGUAACCUCUUCCAACGAACAGAUACCCAAAAGUAUUUGACAUUUAUCAUUUCCUUACCCUGAAUUGCUUCCUGAGGAUCUUCCUAAGCCCGUAAGAAAGCUAGAUCGUAUAAGAACUAUUUCCUGUUCAAAUGAAAGAGGCAAGGGGAUUAGUAGUGAGAUAUUUCUUAGAACGUGUAUCUCAAAAUUCCAAUAUUUGAGGGCUUUGGAUUUGAGUUUUUCCAGGGUGAAAGUGAAGUUUUUUUCCAGGGUGAAAGUGCUUCCUGAAGGGAUAGGCAGAUUGAAGCAUUUGAAAUAUCUUAUUUUAUAUGGGAAUAUGCACAUUAACAGACUGCCUAAUUCUAUAUGCAAGCUACAAAGCUUACAAACUCUACUACUUGGUGAUUGUUAUGGUCUAGAAGAGUUGCCUAAAAAUAUGGAAUUGAUUAAUCUUAGAUGUCUUUGGAUAACUACAAAGCAAAGGUAUUUACCAGUUGGCGGAAUAGGGUGUCUCAAGUCUCUUCAAUAUUUGUUCAUCACCGACUGUGACAAUCUGGAGUCUUUGUGUGAAGAUAUCCAAGGUCUCAAAAGGCUUCAAACAUUGGUUAUCCGUGAUUGUGACAGCUUGGUUUGUUUGCCACCAAGUGUGAGAUUCCUAGCUUCUUUAAAGACUCUUGUUAUUGCAGAUUGCAGAAGUCUUAGUUUGACAAUGAAGGAAGACUCAGCAAGUCAAUUUAGCCUUCGCGAACUGAAGAUUGGAGGAUUAUCAAAAUUAGUGGAUUUUCCAGAAUGGCUUCUUCGAGGAUCUACUAAUAGUUUAAAAGUUAUCGAAGUUGUUUCUUGUCACAGCCUCAGAGACCUGCCAGACUACAUACAGAACAUACAAUCACUAGAAGAGUUUCAUAUCAAAGGUUACAAGAAACAGGUGAGAAUGCUAGAAUUUCAAACCUCUUGCUAAUUUACGAGAAGAAGAAGCCAAAAAUCAGCAAUACUAUUAACCUCCCUAUAUAGAUGCUUCACCUGAACCUGCCAAUCACGUGCCAAACACUCUUUGCAUGCCCGAAAUCAAAUUUCUAUGACAUACACCAGCAGAAGCGUUUGAGAGAAGGACAGCCACCACUGCCUGGGAAUCAGAUUGAAGGCCUAAUUUUUUUUCCCCCCUUCACUUUUCUUUUUAAAUAUCUGUUAAUUCCCUUUUUUUUAUAAAGUUUUGUGUUGAAAAUAAUGUGACUUAAAAUUAAUCAACUAUUACUAAUUACUAAAUUGGUAUAGAUUGCUUGGUUUUUCAAAUA